UGUAGUCCACGCGCCGAAACUAGGUUACAGCGAGCCGCAGAGCAGGAAAGAGCUAGAGAACGGGGAGCUGCAGCUUUAUUAUUUUAGAAGUGCUUUGUCACCACAACAUCUCUGAGACUGCGCGGAGCCGACAGAGAGUAGCUAACUUCAACACAGCGUCGCUUUUGUUUAUGUUUAAGGACUGCGCGCGAAGAAAGGGCAGAAAAUCCAUAUGAGGAUUUGCUGUUGUGACAGUUUUCAGCUGCUCCGGUUAGGAGCGAAUACGUGUGCGUCUCUCCCUGUGUUUCUUCGCUUCGCUUCCACCUGGAGUUGUAUGACUUAAAGAGUUGAAAAGACAUAACCGCCGACAUGAGAGCUCAAAUAGAGGUGAUUCCCUGCAAAAUCUGUGGGGACAAAUCUUCAGGGAUUCAUUAUGGUGUCAUUACAUGUGAAGGCUGCAAGGGUUUUUUUCGCCGCAGCCAGCAGAACAAUGCGAUGUACUCCUGCUCAAGACAGAGAAACUGUCUAAUUGACCGGACCAACCGAAACCGCUGCCAGCACUGUAGGCUGCAGAAGUGUCUUGCUCUGGGCAUGAGCCGAGAUGCCGUCAAGUUUGGCCGAAUGUCCAAAAAGCAGCGUGACAGCCUGUACGCAGAAGUCCAGAAACACCAGCAGUCCCAGGAGUGUGCGGGUGUAGGUGCUCAGGAGGAGAACGGCGACUUGGCAGACCUUGGCCGAAACUACAGAAGGGGCUCCAGCACUGCACUCAGUGAUCUGGAUGACAUCACUACGCUGCCAGAAGGGCUCCUCUUUGACCUGCCACUUACCCCAGAGGAUGCAGGAGGAGAGUACUGCAGUCUGGACAUGCUGGGCGGUAGUGCAGGCAGUGGUUCAUCCUCACAGAGCUCACCUGAACAGACCAAUUUGGACUUUGUAGAUGGAAACCACAGCAUCAAGCACGAGUACCAGUUGUUGCACGACUCCGGACUCUUCUCACAUGCUAUCCUCAACCCACUCCCUGAGGGCUGCUCCUUGCAUGAAAUAGAGCGUAUAACCCAGAGUGUGGUGAAGUCCCAUAUUGAGACAAGCCAGUACAGCACAGAGGAGCUGAAGAGAAUGGCAUGGACCUUGUAUAGCCCAGAAGAGACCCGCUCUUUCCAGACCAAGUCGGCUGAGGUAAUGUGGCAGAAAUGUGCCAUUCACAUCACUAACGCAAUCCAGUAUGUGGUUGAGUUUGCCAAGCGCAUCUCUGGCUUCAUGGAUCUCUGUCAGAAUGACCAGAUCAUCCUCCUCAAAGCAGGCUGCAUGGAUGUCCUCCUGAUCCGUAUGUGUCGGGCCUACAACCCCAUCAAUAACACUUUGCUCUUUGAUGGGAAGUUUGCCAUCGCUCAGCUCUUUAAAGCUCUUGGCUGUGACGACCUUGUGAAUGCAGUUUUUGACCUGGCUAAAAGUCUGAGCCGUAUCCAGAUGUCAGAGGAAGAGAUGGCUCUCUUCAGUGCUGCUGUGCUUCUCUCACCAGACCGACCCUGGCUCACCGAUGUUCAAAAGAUCCAGAAACUACAGGAGAGAGUCUACACGGCCCUGCAGCGCUGCCUACAAAAAGAGGGUGCACCAGAUGAGAAGCUAGCUAAGAUGGUGUCAAAGCUUCCCACCAUGAAGUCGAUCUGCAACCUCCACAUUGACAAACUGGAGUUUUUCCGCCUGGUUCACCCUGAGACAGCAUACACCUUUCCUCCUCUGUAUAGGGAAGUCUUUUGCAGUGAAAUCACCUUUCCAGACUCCACAGAGGGCUAGCACUGUUUUAGCUCGUUAGCGGGAUUUACAUAGAGACACUGAGGUGUAGGGAGGGGGAGCUAAAAAAAUGUGGCAAACCAGCUGAGAUAAACACCAACCAGCAGCUCAAUGACAAUCCUGCACGCUACACUUUAGGAUGCACUCCUCUCACCUCCUGCCCUGCAAGCUAGUCCUCCCAGCUUCAACGUAACAACACAGGAACUGCUGCUGGCUACUCAGUGCAUGUUACCUCUUUUUAACAGAAAUGAGUAGUCUACAUGAUUUGUACUCUCAAAAUUAUUUUUCUAUGAGGAGAUGUUUAAACUCUCAUUAAGCUGAAUUUCUUUCUUAUAUAAAAAACACCGUUCUCACAGUUCCUGUAAGCUAUUGUUGAAUGUAACCCUGUUCCCUUUAACCGCUCAGCACAGCCCUCGGCUUGUUGUAGAAUGUACAUACUUAAAAUCCUCAGCCACUUUGUGGAGAUUUGCAGUAAUGAUGCCUGUUUCAGUUGUCAGUGAGUACCAUUUUUGUUUGUUUCAGUCAGUCUUUUUCAGUAGCGCCCAUAUUUUGCAGUUUUGUAAAGAAUGAACAAACUGUUGAAAGGGACCAUGAUCAAACUCUAACAUAGACAGGGUUUUUAAACUGCAGGAACCAUGGGCAAAUGCCCCCCAAGUGUCUGCAACCAUGCACCUAAAAACUCUUGCACACAGAGCACAAAAUAUAAAGCACUUAUCCUGAUCUUUGUAGAAAUCUCUACUGGCACACCCUCUGACACACAAGUAAAUGGGCUCUUUAAUUUUUAUGCAAUCAGUGACCUCAGUCCUUAUUCCUUUUCCCUUUUACAAAUGCCACUUAGAGCAUGAGAGUCAUCACAGGGUGAUUCUCAGAAGUUCCUUUACAUAUUAUAUACAGCAUAAAAGCAUCCAUAUGAGAUGAGAACAGUUGCGAAUUCAUUGUAAGUGAGGAGGAGAGUUUUGCUUGUGCUCAGGUCUCUAACAGACACUGCCUGUCUGCAAAAACUUUGAUGUUCUGGGAUGGAAAAAUGGGGGGGGGGGGCCUAGCACUUAUGAAUCCUUGUUAGAAUCCAAAAUUAACUCUUGGCACAAUUUUUUAUGGGUUUGCAUUCAAACUACUAUCUGUUAAACCUAUUUUAAACAUGCUGUGGCAAGAAUGCCAUUUCCCAAUUCAUCUAGCAGCAUCUUAAGAAGAUAGAGGUUCAGAAAAUGCCCUUAAGUGAUUGGAUGUGGGGGCAAAGAGAGAAAAUGGGGUUGUGUAAGCUCCAUGGACAUCAGUUAGCUGGGAUUUACUGUCAGCGCCAACUCUCACUGCUUUAGGGUCAGGUGGGCUACGCUGUCUCAGGCGGCCAUGGUGUUGUGAUUGGAGAAAUAAAUCCUCUGUUCCUUAUUCCCCCACCGCUCCCUUACUACCUCACCCUCUUCAAACACUACACGGCACAACAAAGGGUUGACAGAGCCAUCAGCUACCCCCCUGAGUUAGGAUUUAUGCAUCCAUGCUGGAGAGCUUCUUUAAAACAGUUAGCGGUGAAAUUUGAAGGCCAGUGAAAUCUUUUUAAGACAAGUAACUAUGCUCUUAAAACUGGACAGAAGACUGAAGCAACAAAAUGCUGGGUCUUACCUUACUAUCUCUGCUUUUAGACUGCUUAUCUGUCACCUGAGAGCAGCCCAUACCUCGAGGUCCUGGACGACCUACUUAGAUACAGAUCUAUGUGGAGUAAGGUCUCUGGAGACACAUGAGGGUGUACUAGGAUAAAACCUUAAAAUGAGGAGACUUAUUGGAUUUCUGUGCAAAACAAGGUAUCCAUCAACAAAAGAAAACAUUGCUUUUUUCAUUUUAAGGCAAUCUCAUGUGAUAUGUUUGAUGUCUAUUAAAAAUGUCAGCCAGGUUUGCACUGCUGGGACAGUGCUGUUUGCCAUACAAUAUAUUAUCUCAUAAGUAUGAAGGGUUAUUACUCUUUUCUGGGUACGCAAGACAGUGGCAUGGUGGGAAUGUGCAAUAAUGUCUUUCCCAUUGUUCUCAGUAUGUUGGGCCUUUGCUGCCAUGUAUUUCAGAUAAUAUUUCCACAAGCACUCCAGCACAGUUAACCUUGCAGAACAGCAAGUUGUUCGAUUUAGAUUAUAACGUACCAAAUAAACAGCCAACCACUACAUGGGUCAGCUGUCAGUCGACACGGCCAGAUGACACUUGGAGAUUGUAACAAAGUGCAAUACUUUGUGCAUUGAGUCCUCGAAUGUUAGACGCUCUGAUUUGAAAAGAAUCAGUGGUCUUUGUAGUUUCUGCAGGCCUAAAGCUGUCCAGGGGGCGGCGCUAAAGAUCUGCACAAACAUUUCCGUCUAGAGUUACUCAGGGAGAUAGCUGGGCUCUCUGUCCUACAGUGUCUGCAGUUAGUCUAGCUAGCAGAGACACCUUGCACCAAUAUAGAAGACCUUAAAAACCUUGAUCACUGUGUACAGUACAUGUUCAUGUGAAUGUUUGAUUUCAGAAGUAUCAAAGAUUUUACCCCUGUCUACUAUCAUUAUUGCAAAACCUUUUUUUGGAGUUUCAGUCAUAGAUUAAAAUAGGAUAUUAAAAAAGUAAAUAUAGCUAAAUAAAUAUAAAAGAUG